UCGGGAGCCCCCGCCCCAACCCGAACCCAAGCCAACCUUCCCCCUCCAACUUGAACGUGUUUGGUUGGGAAUUGGUGUGCUAGAGUGCUAGGCCAAAAACGUGGCAGGACGAUCAGUGUGAAACAGCGCUACUAAGUCGACCAGCAGUUCAUCCAAAAUGCAGUGCAAUUGGGUUGAGAUGGAUGUGGAGGUUGUCAGCCAGACCGGACCCGAUCAGCAGCUCAAGGCGAAGGCGGCCCUCCUUGCAAAAGCGUCAGGGGUUACCCGGCUGGUGAAACUGUCGUGCGACAAGGACCCCACGUGGAGCCUCAAGCUGCUGCAGCGCGCGGCGCCCACGGUACAGCGGCUGAGCGUGUACUUUGCCCUCAAGACGCACCUGAGCGUGGUGCACACCAUGCCGCGACUGACGCGGCUGAACGUGUCGGGGCACUUCGCCCAGCUCGGCCGGCCCCUCGAGCUGCCCUCCUCGCUCCCGCUGAGGCCCGCCGGUUUGCAGUGGCUCAGCGUAGGCGUCAUCGCCCGCACCACGACGCAGUCACUUCUGCGGGCCAACGGCCGCACCCUGGAGGAGGUGGAGCUGUGGAUUGGCACGGCGGGGAACAAGUGUUGGCCGGACAGUUGCGGCGACCUGGCCUGGCUGCUGCAGCAGAGCGGGCUGCGGGCCAUCAAGAGGAUCGUGCUGCGGAGGUACAAGAGGUGCAGCCACGAGCCAGCCGCCUGCAGCAAGCAGCUCGCCGAGGUGCGGCGGGUGCUUCCCAGCGCCGAGGUGAAGUGCGGCAAGUGUGACUACGCCAGGGAGGAUGAGGUCUAACGUCCCGAACGUCGGGCGGCGUGCAGCACAGUUGUGUGGGCGCAAGAAACAGUUUCUUUUGACUUUAGCGUGGCAGUUUCAAUGAUGAGCAAUGAAACCGUCUGCAGCUAAUAAAUGCAUGUUUUACCACA